AUGCUAUUCCGGCUCUCGUUGCUGUUAUGUCUCAGUGUUGGAAUCACAGAGGCGCUGGUUGCCGACAGACGAAGCACAGCAGGGCCAUGUCAUCAGUCAAAUGCUCGCGAAAAGAUUAGGCUCCAUACAGGAUGGCGUUUCUGGCGCUCCGAGUCCAUACCAGAUGGGGUGGUCUACGAGAAGCGUUCAGAUGCUAAUGACGACACUUUGGUUGAAUUGAAGCCUUGGAUCAUGCCAAUUGCCAACGAAUUCAUUCAGAACCCAGCAGAUCGGCAUGAAACACCAUCCACAGAGCCCGAUGUUAAUAUCCCAUAUGUUUCCCCCACUUUCAACGAUGCGGCUUGGGAAAACGUCACGGUACCUCACGAUUGGGCCAUCAAAAUGCCGUUUCUUGAGGGUGAGAAUCCGAUCAUCCCUCCUGCUAUGGGACAGUUACCGGUGCAUGGUGUGGGCUGGUAUCGUCACAACCUGCUCAUCAGGGGAGACGCCAAUGACACAAUUUAUUACCUCGACCUUGACGGUGGAAUGUCAUAUCCCAUGGUGUGGAUCAAUGGACAUUUAGUCGGUGGCUGGCCGUUUGGAUACAACUCAUUUCGUCUGAAUAUCUCACCAUAUUUGGUCGAGGGCGACAACAUAGUAGCGAUUCGUACAGAAAAUCCUGCAGGGCCAUCUUCACGCUGGUAUCCCGGUGCCGGGCUCUACCGGAAUGUUUGGCUUACCAAAGUCGCCCCUGUACAUGUCGCACACUGGGGUACCACCAUUACCUCCCAAGAAGUUUCAAAAGACUCAGCUACGGUCGAUCUAUCCAUCAAAAUCCAGAGUGUUCAGCCGGAACAACAAGACCUAGCAGUCACUAUUGUUACUGAAGUCUUUGAAAUCGAUUUGGAGACAAACCAGAGACGGGAGACACCAUCGGCAAGCUUUCCGCCAAAAACAGUUAAAAUACGAGGCAGCCAGACGCUAGUCAAUGACUCCAUUAUCAUUAAGUCACCCAAGCUCUGGGGCCCGCCUCCAGCGCAAACACCAAAUCUCCAUGUCGCGGUCACGAGUCUGUACGCUGGUAGUGAGGCCAAAAAAGCCCAGCUGUUCGAUACCUACGAGACUGUAUUCGGUAUUCGUUCUUUGACGUUCGAUCCGAAUAGAGGUGUCCUUAUUAACGGUGAACAUGUAUACCUGCAAGGAGCUAAUCACCACCAUGACCUAGGCGCUCUAGGGGCGGCGUACAAUCAUCGAGCUGCCGAAAGGCAACUUGAGAUUUUGCAGGAAGUGGGCGUCAAUGCCCUUCGCAUGUCACACAACCCUCCAGCACCUGAGCUUCUAGACCUAGCUGAUCGCAUGGGAUUUUUGGUUAUGAACGAGAUCUUUGACAGCUGGAGUGAUGGGAAAUCCGCAUUAGAUUUUCAUCUAAUAUUCGACGACUGGAAAGAACCUGACUUGCGUGCUUUAAUCCGCCGAGACCGAAAUCAUCCAUCAGUCAUUUCUUGGAGCUACGGCAAUGAAGUUAAAGAACAAGUCGGUAAUGACGCACUUGCUGCGAAUAUUUCUAUUCAUCUGCGAGACAUUUGCCGAGAAGAGGAUCCGACGAGACUCAGCACAGCAGCACUGAACCGAUCGCCUCCCAGUUCACUGCUGGCCAAGACAUUGGACCUAAUCAGUCUGAACUAUCAAGGAGAAGGCAUACGGCAUGGUCCAGCAUAUGCAAACUUGACCGGCACAAGAACGGCGCCUCAAUAUGCCGCAUUCCACGAGGCAUUUCCUGACAAGGUCAUUACAAGCAGUGAAUUUGGAUCCUCACUUAGUCUGCGAGGAUCCUUCUCUUUCCCUGUCACCCCAUACGAUAGUGCGCCUCUAAACGAAACAAGUGGCAGUAUCCCUAAUGAGUAUGGCGUCAGUGCAUACGAGCUAUACACUGCUGGAGCUGGGUCUUCACCAGAUCGAGUGUUCCAUGCCCAGGAUGAGCACCCGUACGUCUCUGGUGGAUUCGUGUGGACAGGAUGGGACUAUAUUGGUGAGCCUUAUUUUUAUAAAGGCAUAAGAAGUGGUUACUGGGGUAUUGUAGAUCUUGCGGGCUUCAAGAAAGAGCGAUUCUGGCUUUAUCAAUCCCGCUGGCGACCAGAUCUUCCCAUGGCACACAUCGUCCCACACUGGAAUUGGCCUGACCGGGUCGGGGAGAACACGCCCGUUCACGUCUUUUCCUCUGCAGACGAAGCGGAACUUUUCGUCAAUGGCGAGUCGAAGGGUCGACGCAGCCGCGAAAGUGAUCCUGGCUUUUACCGCUUCAAGUGGGACGAGAUCAAGUAUGAGCCUGGGGAAGUACGUGUGGUUACUUACAAAGAUGGAAAAGAAUGGGCAACCGACCUUGUCAAAACGACCGGUAAUGCGAAGAAACUUCGAUUGAAGCCCGACAGGAGCAAGGUUGUAGCAGACGACGAGGACUUGUCUUUUGUUACAAUCGAGAUUGUGGAUGAUGACGGCAAUGUGGUACCUCUGGCCAAUAAUAAAGUCAAACUAUCAGUGUCCUCUGGGCCAGGAGAAAUCGUGGCUACGGAUAACGGGCAUCCUGCCGAUUUCACUCCGUUUCCGUCAUUGGAGCGGAAUGCGUUCCAUGGUCUUUUGCUAGCCGUAAUCAGGGCCGGCGCCAUUGGAAGGACCACCAUAACAGCUCAAAGCGAGGGUCUAGAGUCUGCAGAGCUUUCUUUAGAAUUUGUGUAA